CGCGUCACUGCGUCGUCCUCGCUGGUGCUCGGGCGGAGCGUCCACAUUUGGCCACAAGUUGGUCGCCGAGGCACUCGCCCCCUCCUCCCCGGGCCUGUCUGCAGUCUCGGGGCGCGGCGCGGACCCGGCUCAGUUGUUAACAUAGCACAAUGGGCGAAGUAGUGAAGUACAAUGAUGACGAGCACAAAAACGCUUUCCUGAAAACACUGAAUGAGCAACGGUUAGAAGGAGAAUUCUGUGACAUAGCCAUCGUGGUGGAAGAUGUUAAAUUCCGAGCCCACAGAUGUGUCUUGGCAGCGUGUAGCACCUACUUCAAGAAAUUGUUUAAGAAACUCGAGGUCGAUAGUUCCUCGGUGAUCGAGAUUGAUUUUUUGCGUUCUGACAUAUUUGAAGAAGUACUGAAUUACAUGUACACCUCCAAAAUCUCUGUGAAGAGAGAAGAUGUGAAUUUGAUGAUGUCUUCUGGACAAAUCCUUGGAAUCAAAUUUUUAGAUAAAUUAUGUAUUCAGAAGCGUGAUGUAUCUCCUCAGCAGAAUGCAGCUCGCCGGAAGAGUCGGUACCCCUACAGCAUAAGUGCCAAGAUCCACCGGCCCUCAGUGAAUAGCACCGAUGAGGAGAUAGAAGAGAUCGGAGAUCAGCUUGAAGGACAGUCAGAGGAGGCAGUCGAAGAAGCUGUACCUAAUCCCGAUGAUGGAAAGACCCAAGCAAAUGGACUGCGUGUUCAGGAAGCUAUUUUGAAGGAACUUGGAAGUGAAGAAGUUCGUAAAGUCAACUGCUUUGGUUCUGAAGUGGAAACCAUUGAAUCAACUGAACCCAAGGAUGUGACUCCUCAGCCUCCUCCAACUCUCGCUUUCAAUGAUAGCAUGAGUGGGGUCAAGGAAGAACAAGCACCAGGCUGGACGGCAAACACUGAUGUGAAAUUUGAAUAUUUGUUGUAUGGCGACAGGGAUCAGUUCAGUUGUCAGUCCUGUGGCAAGACUUUCACUGAUGAAACUCGUUUGAGGAAACAUGAGAAAUUACAUUCUGCUGAUCGACCAUUUGUGUGUGACAUCUGCUCAAAAGCUUUCACCACACAGGCUCACUUGAAAGAACAUCUCAAGAUUCACACCGGUUUCAAACCCUAUGGGUGUGACGUGUGCGGAAAAUCUUUCAUUCGAGCCCCUGAUCUAAAAAAACAUGAACGUGUCCACAGUAAUGAGAGACCCUUUGCAUGUCACAUGUGUGACAAAGCUUUUAAACACAAGUCUCAUCUGAAAGACCACGAGCGGAGGCAUCGAGGUGAGAAGCCAUUUGUUUGUGGUUCCUGUACCAAAGCUUUUGCUAAAGCUUCUGACUUAAAGAGACAUGAAAACAAUAUGCACAGUGAACGCAAGCAAGUACCCACAAGUGUGAUUGCCAGUGAGACAGAGCAGUUGCAAGCUGCGGCAAUGGCAGCUGAAACUGAGCAAAACCUGGAAAGUAUAGCCUGUAAUUAAUUUAAUGUUAAUGUCCCCAUUUCUGGUAUAUUUCUGAAUAAUGUAGAUGGCUGCAUCAGUAAAUGUGAUCCUUGUAUAUUUUUCUGUUAAAUUCUGUUCCUUUUUACAAUUUGUAUAAAGAAGGCUGUUUUUUCUGUCCUGAGUGUACAUAAGCUAAUAUAUUUAGUAUAAAUUGUUGCACUGUAUAAGGAUUUUUUUUAAGUUGGGUUGGCCACUUGGGACAACAGAAUAAAUUACGUAAUUGAAUAUUUCAAAUGUCAUUAAUGCCUUAAUCCCUGUAUGGUGCAAUAAUAUAAAUAUAUUGAAUAGUGUAUUGCAGUUUUAAUUUUUUUUUAGUAAAGUUGCUUUUAAUGUUUUGGCCUGCCACAGCAGUCUAUUUGACUAUAUUCUGGUAAGAAAUGGGCAUUAGGAUUAAGAUUCUUCAGGGUUAGGAUUUCAGCAUGUCUUUUUUUUUUGAUUAUCCACUGUACUAUACAUAUAGAAAUAUUACUAAUUUGGUGUGAAGAAUUUAUGCUUGAAUUUUAAGUAUUCUUAAAUAAAAGAAUAUUGUUUAAUUUUUGUAAUACUGUUAAUUUUUUUCCAAGCUUCUUUAAGAAUAUCAAAAGCAAUUUACUUAUAUAAGCCUUUAACAUUUUGUCUUGCUUCAUACCAGCAAGUGAUACAAGAGAUAUUUGUUGAAUAUGCAGAUUGCUUUAUACUGCAUAUCUUGUGAAAAAAAAUAACUAUAGUGUUUAAUCUUUACUGCUUUGAGCAGAGAAUAUGAUGUAAUCCAAGAUUCACAUUCAAUAUUUUUUUUAGUCAAAUUGAAGAUUGAGUUCUGGAACAGGAUAAAUGGCAACAGAAUCAGACAUCUUCAAUAGUUUAGCAAUUGAACAAUUUGGUGCAACACUGUUCUUAACAUUUUUGUCUAUACUUGUAUUUUAAAGAAAAACUCUUUAAGGGAGCUGUCUGCUGAUAAUUAUAGUAAUUUUUUUGAUAUUUGCCUGUAAAUACUUUUUAAUUGAAAUCAAAUAAGUGUUAUAUUAACUGAUAGUUAAAGUUAGAUUAAAUUGUCUUGUGUACAACUCAGAGUUUAGUAAAUAUGAUUAAAAUAUUCAUAUAAGUGUUUAAAGCCCAGUCUGUGGCAGUGCACUGUAUUCAGACUUUUGCAAUGUGAUGGAAGCAUUGUGCUUGCAUUUAAAAUACGUAGAUACCACAGUCUGCAUAAAUGUUUGGUGAUCAGCCCAUUGUACCAACAAUGUUGAGUUAGAUUAUUCAGUCGUACUUUAUUUUGUUCUGUAACUGGUUUGAACAAUAUGAAACUUAACUUUUUUCAGAAGUUUUACUUUUGCCUGUCAAAAGU